CGCUCAGGACGCCGACGGAAUCUAAUCGCGCUCUUCCGUCAUUCAUUCCGUUGUUCCGCUCGCCUUUCAUUGCCCAUGAUCCCGGGCGCACACGUGCUCGCCUCGAGGGCCGUGUGCAGCCUCUGGCGCGCCGUGCGUCGCUAUGCCAAGCCACUCCACGCACACCACACACACACACAUCUCUCCCACCACAUCCCUCUGUACACAAAACCCUCGCAGCACUGAGAGGGGGCCUUGAUGCCGAAUACGCAGUCACUCGCAGAUCCGGACGUCGUGCUGAUCUAUGGUUGCGCCGGAUACGGGACAGGAGGUAUGUGCACGGCGACAAGCGAUCGGAAGCGGGGACUGGAGCAAUGGUAGAGCAGAGGUGCAGGCAGAAUGUGGCCGCUGCAUCUACUUCUUCGCCGCCGGCUUGUCCUUGGCGUCGCCGGUGAGCCACUUGUGCCCGUGGCCCAUGACGAGGUCCGAGCCCAUCGUCACGAGCUUCGUGGCGCCGCUCGCGUCGGCCGCCUGCUUGGCGCGCUCCGUCCAGUGCGGCUUUGUCACGCUCUCGGCGCCGACGACCUUCAUGGGCGCCGACGAGGAGGCAGCAGCGCUCUCGCUGCCAGCGGCAGGCGUGAUGGUCUUCUGCUCGGUCGGCAGCGGCGGUGCCGGCGAGCUGCGACCCGAGGCCUGCGGCGAGGGCUGCUUGGACGCGGCUGGCGAGUUCUUGUACGGCGUUGCGAUGCUCGGCGCGCCCGACGUGCUGGCGUCCGAAGGCGCAAGGUGGCCCAUCUUUGCCGUCUCGCUCUUGACGUACGGCACCUGCUGGUCGGCAUGCUCAAAGAGCCAGCGGAUCGCCGCCUCGAUGGUGCCCUCGCGCUCGGCACGCGCCACCUCGGCGGCCUCUGACGAGCCGACGGCCUCGGACGGGCGCGCGUCUGGGGUGCCGACGGCCUGCAGCGCCGCGCUGACCUGCUCGGCGCUGAAGCCCAUGUCCGUGAGCACGGCCUCGACGCUCGGCGGGUGCUGCGGGUCGUCGUCCGGCGGCGGCAUCGGACUGGCGGCGACCGCGGCGCGUUCGUCGGCAGACAGCGGUGUCUCGUCGUCGCUCAUCGACUGGCGCAGCUCGCGCACAUCCUUUGGCAGCGGCGGCGACGUCGCCGCGGGCGUCGAGCUGCCGGCGAGCGAUGCGCGCGACACGGACGCCGAGAGGGCGCCCAUCUGCUCGGCGCGGUCGGCGCGAGCCUUGCGCAUGCGCGCGUACAGCGACUCGCCCGACUGGUUGCGCCGCAUCUCGGGCACCUCCGGCGGCGCGCCGGCCUUGUGGAAGUCCGGACCCGGCGGGAACGGCGAAGACGUGCGCGAGACGGGCGACGAGACGUCGGAGGAGCGCGGGCUGAGCGGCGGCGACACCACGCGGUCAGCCGAGACCUUGCUGUGCAGCGAGGCCGGGCGGUGCGACGCCGUCUCGCUGGUCUCGUCUGCCGAAGCGCCCGUGGCGGCAGCUGCUGCCUCCUUGUUCUUGCCCUUGCCGCUCGCGCGGCCGAAGCUGAGCCACUUCUUGAGCCCCUCGCCGGCGGAGUGCGUGUCAUCGCCGAGCUCAUUGCCGCCCGACGCGAGCUCGCCGUCCUUGACCUCCGGCUCGUCGGCGACGACCUCGAACGGCUGCAGCGUAUCCGUCUCGAUGACGAGCACGCCGUCGAGCUCGGUUGCGCGCGGUCCGCCGCGGAUGCGCAGCGUGCGGUCGCGCGACAUGUACCAGCCCGGCGAGCUGUGCGCCAGAGGAGUGAGCAGAGGGGAACAUGGGAGGACGUGCUGGAACGCACCUGACGACGCUGCCCUCGAGCAGGUUCUUAAGUGUCUUCUUGGCUUCCUUCACGCGCUUGUUCUCGUUCCAGUCAAGCAGGCCGCCGAGGAUGCCCUUGGCGCUGCCAUCGCCCACCUUGCUCGUCACCUCGGUGUGGCCCUGCGGCGCCUCGCCGGCCUCGCCCUUGCCCGCCAGCGCCUUGCCGGCGAGCGCGCCGCCGCCGAUGCCGAGCACCUGGCCGAUCUGCACCACACGCUGGCCCUUGCGUGCGUACUUGUACAGCCGCCGCGCCGUGGGCGCCUGAGCCGCCGCCGUUGCGCCGACGCGCGCCGAGAUGGCCGCCACGGCCGCCGACAUGCCGCCCGCCGCCGACGCCGCGCCGGCGACGUAGAUGGCGCCAGCGCCGAGCGAGAGCGCCGUCAGCGUCACGGCCACCGGCGCAGCGAAGGUGUCGAUCUUGGUGUAGCCGUUGCCGUCGCCGCGGUCGACUGCGGCGGUAGGUCAGCCACUGCUGCGCCAGUGUAUGAUGCGCUGUCGCAAUGCUCCUGCUGCCAGAGCAGGACAGCGCUGCAGAUGUAUGCCGCAUCUCCUUGCUUGGCCCUUCCAUCUGCACGCUCAUCCACGCCGCAUCUCCCUCCCCCAGCCCGCUGCGCGCACUCACCGCGGGCCUCGACUGUGAACCAGACGCGGCCGCAGUUGAGCUGCGCGCUCUCGCCGGCGCGCACGCUGUUGGCAUAGUGCAGCGGCGAGAUGUGGCGCAGCGAGAGGUGCAGCGGCAGCUGUGUCUCGUUGACGAGCGUGAUGCCUGUGUGGCCGGGUGAGUGUGUGCGCAGCGUGAGCGGCGAGUGGGCGACGCACGCGGCAUGCUGGGCGGUGCGUGGAGGUCUUGCGACGCAGCUGCGCUGGAGACAAGACGGCGAACGUGCGGCCUGCAAAGGGCAGAGACAGGAGCGAGCUUGACGGCGGUGCGAGGCGUGGACAGGAAGGAAGCGCGAGGCGGCGUGGAGUGGAGGAGAUGGCCG